AUGGAGCCCUCGGACCGGGAACAGAGCUCCCAGGAGCUGGAUUUAGAGGAGAUAACUAGGAAGAUUUCAUUUCUGGACAAGUGGAGGGAAAUCUUUAGUUAUCACCGGUUGGGAACCAAUAAUACAACUUCUCAGCAUCAUGAAGGCAACCAUAUAUCUGCCGGUGAAACUGAAGAUGGAACAGGAAUACCUCAGCCAAAAGGACACGGGCAUUGGCCAUCAAGUAGCCUUUGUUCUAUUCCUAAACCCUGUCUCAUCUCUUCAAAAUCGGGCGGCUUUCCUAUCUCCCUAGCGGUGGCCACGAAACUGCGCCAGAGCCUCUUUGGAAAUACAGUCCAGGUCUUCAGCUCUGACUGGACAAAGGCCUAUUUCCGGUUUCACGAGCCUCUUUCCGACCUGGCUUUCGCUUUGGAAGUGGGAAAGGGAGGCGCCCGAAGCAUUCAGGUGGCUGUACAAGGAUCCAUCAUUAAAUAUUUGUUGUUCACAAGGCAGGGAAAAGACUGUAACGUGCUCAGGGAAGAGGCCUAUGAGAAGUAUUUGAAGAGAAUUACCCAUUUCCCGAGAACCUCUUCUGCGCGCGAUAAGCACGCAGGAGCAGGAACGCGCGCGGGCGUCCUGUGGGCCGCAGGAGCAGCUCGGAAAGCCACCGUCUGCCUUGUCACCGAGGACACUUACGUCGCCCCGACUCCUGACUGCUCUGGGGACGGUUUCACUGAACGGCUCCAGCUGUUUGAACUUUUAGAGAAAGAAGCCACUGAGAAAUUCAUCUGUGAUCAUGUACCGUGUUUCAAAGGAGAAGGAAGCCAUGGUGUCAUCUUGUUUCUUUACAGCCUGAUCUUCUCCAGAACAUUUGAAAGGCUUCAGAAGGACCUGGACGUCUCCACCACUCAUCUGCUACGACCAAAUGCCGGAGGUUUCCUGGGCAGGCAGGCAGUUCUGAACAUGAUUUUAACUGGAAGAGCAAGUCCACACGUCUUUAACGGCUAUCAGAAAGGAAGGUCUCGGGAAAUGCCAUGUGGGGUCCUGACCCGCAGUGACGUCGGCUAUUUGCAGUGGCGUAAGGACACCUCAGAGGAUGACGGACUUUCACAGGUGGGCAGCAUGCUGAAGACCCCCCAGUUACCUAUUUGGCUAUGCAACACCAACGGCAAUUACAGUGUCCUUUUUAGCACAAACAGGCAGCUGUCGUCAGACUGGAAAGUGGGGUGCCUCUUUGAUCUGUACUUCUACAGUGGCCAGCCCGCACAGAACAAGCCCGCGCACCUUACCAUAGAUACUCAUUCCCAUCCCUGGGGGCGAGCCCGACAUGAAGAUGAACGCAGGCCAGGAAGACGGUUUUCUCCAGUGGAGAUGGCCCUCAGAACCAAGUGGACAGAGGCCACCGUCAACUGGAACGGCACUGUUCCCCUUUUCUAA